AUGUCACUAAGUAAUGCUGAAUUGAAAGCGCAAAUCUCAGCGCGGUUGGUGGAGUCAGGAGAAUACGAUACGAUCUUGACAUUUUUGAAAGAGAGGUUAUAUGAGUGUGGGUGGUACGAUGAGGUGAAAUUGUUGGCUAAUAGUGAGAUAUCUAACGAGGACAACUUGAAUUUCAACAGGAUUAAUUUUGUGUUGGAGCCAAAAGCGAUGGAUUUGGUGCCUGAUGGAGUUAAAAAAGAGUCUUUGGUUAAGAUAGCCGAGUUUUUGGAGAGUAUAAUAGAGUGA